AUAAACGAAAUAACGUAGGUUUGAUGGUUGCUUAGUUAUAAAAGAAUUAAUCUCCACUUCCUUCCAAGUCACUACUCGGAGAAAAACAUUGUGGUUAGACUUUGCAUGUACAAUUAAAACGAUAAGCAAACAGGCGAUGUAAAAGGAGGCGGGAGAUUACAGUCGGAAGCGUUCUCAGAUCUUGCCCAUUAACAAUCCACGGCUGGUGUCAGGUUAUCACAUUGUUCAGGGAGAGAUUACAUUUAGAUUACAUUUAAAUGGCCCCACAUCGCAACACGCACUGUUCUUGCUCUGCACGCAACAGCCAGGCGGCAGCGGGCAGACUCGGGAAGUGCAGUUGCUGCUUUUACACCGGCUGCUGCAGAGGAGGAUCCCACCAGCCCCUGUGAAUAUGCUCUCCUUUAUACAAUGCUAACACCAGUUGGAGGGUGAGCUAAAGGCAAUGACAUUGCUUUACCCCGAAGUAGGAAAAGGAGCAAAGUGCCCUUUCUGGUCCAAUUCACUGUAACCCUUCAGAGAGUUCGCCCGCUGCUGUGUGACGGUAGGACAGUGCCCCCUCCCCCCUGUAUAUACACACACAUAUAUAAGUUAGGUGACAGAAACGCUGGAGAAGCCGAGACUGCAAACAUGGUGAAUCGACUUUCUUGAGAGUUUUGUUUUGCCCGCAUUCUUCGCUCUCAUGGUACGAACCAAGUGACCCAAAUUCGUUGAUAUCGUGUGGGACUGACUGGACUUUUUCGGGCAUUUCGAGGAUCUAUUUAAAUGCAUCUGAAGCACACCAUCCCCAUCGCUGUUCAAGUGUCUUCAUUAUUUCAGGGGAUAUACUUUUCUGUGUGAUACACAGAGGGAUCGCUGCGCUGUCUCAGGGACCAGGACAUUGAAGGAAUGAUCGCCAAUCAAACGUGCGCCUUCCCCCAAGGGCUGUCUGCUAGCCCCAGUGUGCAGUGGAUACUGGCGGCCACUCUCUCUGCCCUGCUCGGGCUGCAAGCCUGUAGGUGGCUGCAGCACCAUCUGCAGCACUGCGAGCCCGGGAGCCCGCCCGGCCCUUUCCCCUGGCCCUUGAUUGGAAACGCGGCUCAGCUCGGCCGGGCGCCGCACCUCACCUUCUGCAGGCUGGCCGAGAGAUACGGCAGCGUGUUCCGUCUCAAGUUGGGCAGCCGCGCCGUGGUGGUGCUGAACAGCGAGGAGUCCAUCCGCCAGGCGCUGGUGCGACAAGGCGCCGAUUUCUCGGCCAGACCGGACUUCAGCUCGUUCGCGGUGGUGUCCAGGGGCCGGAGCCUGGCUUUCGGUCGCCACUGCGACCUGUGGCGGCUGCACCGUAAAGUCGCUCACUCCACCAUGAGGGCUUUCUGCACCGGCAACCUGGAGACCAAGAGGGUCUUUGAGCGGCAUGUGGUGUGCGAGACCCAGCAGCUGGUCAGUGUGUUCAUGGACAGGAGCCGCCUGGACCCUUACUUUGACCCAUGGCCCAGCCUGGUGGUGGCUGUGGCCAAUGUGAUGAGCGCGGCGUGCUUCGGAAGGAGGUAUAACCACAAUGACCAGGAGUUCACCUCGUUACUCUCCAAGAACCACCGCUUCGGGCAGACGGUGGGAGCCGGCAGCCUGGUGGACAUCAUGCCCUGGCUCCAGUACUUCCCGAACCCGGUGCGCAGCGUUUACCAGGACUUCAAGCAGCUCAACCGGGACUUCUACCUCUUUGUGCAGGACAAGGCUCAGCAGCACCGCCAAGAUUUCCGGCCGGACCGGCUCCGGGACAUGACGGACGCCUUCAUCCGCACCAUCGAGCACGGCGGGGUGACCAGCGACACCGGCCUGACCCUCAGCCCCGACUACGUGGACUCCACCAUCAGCGACAUCUUCGGGGCCAGCCAGGACACGCUUUCCACCGCCCUGCACUGGAUCAUCCUGUACCUGGUGUGGCAGCCCCAGGUCCAGGCCAAAAUCCACCAGGAGCUGGACAGGGUGGUGGGCAGGCAGCGCAUCCCCAACAUUGAGGACCAGCCCCGCCUGCCCUACCUGAUGGCGUUCCUGUACGAGGCGCUGCGCUUCAGCAGCUUCGUGUCCCUCACCAUCCCGCACGCCACCACCCGGCACACCCUGCUCUCGGGUUACCGCAUCGCCAAGGGCACCGUGAUCUUCGUCAACCAGUGGUCAGUCAACCACGACCCGCGCAAGUGGCACCAGCCCGAGGUCUUUGACCCUUGCAGGUUCCUCACCGAGGCGGGCACCUUCAACAAGGACCUGGCCAGCAAAGUGAUGAUCUUCUCGCUGGGCAGAAGGAGGUGCAUCGGGGACGAACUGGCCAAAAUGCAGCUCUUCCUCAGCGUCUCCCUCCUGAUGCACCAGUGCACCUUCCGGGCCAACCCCAAAGAGAAGCUCACCCUGGACUUCACUUACGGCUUAACCUUAAAACCCAAACCAUUCACCAUCAACGUGACUCUGCGUGACACACUGGAGCCUCUGAAUGUGGCUGUGCAGAGAAUCCAACAGGCCAACAGCAAUCAAUAACUGUGGGAUCUUAUCCGGCUCUUGUUAAUUCACAGCGGGAUACUAAAGGGUUACAUUUCACUUGGUUGCGCUGGUCGAGGCUUUACGUUACUGUUUUUAACCCACUCGAGUUGUGCUGUGGACCAGUUUGUACUUCUAAUAGUGGGUGAGAAGGUAACCAGGCGGGGAAAGGUUCGUGUGUACUUGCCCUAGCACCCUGUGGGCAGUAAGAAGUGAAGGGUUCUCUUUAUAAAUUGAGUUUUGUAAAAAGUAGUCCAACAGUCAGCCAUAAAGUUUGAAUAUAGCUAGGAUCGCUAGGAGCGGACUCGAUGGUCGAAUGGCUGAUGUCUGCUUCAACAUCCCUAUCGUCUUAUAGUUCGCAUCCAUCGAAAUAAAACAAGUUUUUUUUUAAUAUAAAAAAGGGCAAUAGUUUGCACUUGGCCACACUGGAUUCUGAAGUUUUAUUUUCCUCAGUCAGACCUUAAUAUCAUUAAACAGUCCCUGAAGCUGCAGAGGAGUUGGCAGUAUCAAAGGUUUGCCGAAAUAACAGUCGCUGGAAAUCCGACAGCAACUGACUGCGAGAACACCACUAAAACCUUGCAAACACGCCAAAUCUGGGCGCCACCCUUUCAGUACUGUCCUCACUGCCAUUUGCAGAUUUUCAAUCUCUGAUGAUUUGACAGACUGAUUCUCAAUCCUCGUUUCCUGGGGAAGAGUUGUACACAGUCCUGUAUCGGAACUUUGACAGAACCCAUUCCCCAGCCUCUCCUCCAGCCCGACGCCAAAAUCUCGUUUCCUCCUCAAGCUGUAAACUGUCAACUGGGGAGAAACCAGAGUCAGAAACAAACCGCGAUGGAAGCUUCCUCUUCUGACUGGUCUCCGUCGCAUUUCAGGUACAAGCAGAAAUUGCUUCGAAAUGAAUCGAUUAUCUAAGAUGGGAGAUACGUGAACAGACCCAAGAAAUAUUGUACCGCCACUUAACUAUCAUCCGAUUUUCUACUCAUGUCUUGCCACUGGAAGCAAAUUAGAUUACAUUACAGCGUGGAAACAGGCCCUUCGGCCCAACAAGUCCACACCAACCCGCCGAAGCACAACCC